UUUCCAUUGCUCCCUCAAUUAUUCUCCCAUCUCUCGCACGUAUAAUCGCACUGCCAAUCCUCUUCUUUGGCACUGCUGACUACCUCAAUUUCCCUUUCUUUAAUUCUGGCCGCGACGCCUCAGCAUGAUUUGGUAGCGCCAAACCUCCUGCGCCAUAACCCGACCGCAUCGCUUCCACCCCCAACUACGAGUACCAUCCCUCGUUUGGAUCCGAACACCUAUCUAUCAUCUGGUCUCCCUGACUGGCCCUCCUGGCCCUAAUUCCUUUCCACGCACACACAUACACAUCUGAGAAUGUACUUCGCCAUGCCUCCGCGUAAGACUUCGCGGCCGCCUCCAUACGCCGCCCGCAAUUCCAGCUCGAUGCCACCUGCGCUGCGGAAUCUCCUUCGGCGAAUUACACUGCGGACCGCCCUCCUCGCCAUAUUCGGAUUCACGACGAUAUUAUGGCUGUUGGGAAAGUUCGGUGACAGGGAGACAGGAGGCUUGGUCAAGCCUGUCAUUGGAACAGGCGCACCCGUCGUCCUCGUGACGGUGUUGGAUCCCGCCGCCGACGAGGGUUGGAAGCAUCAGAUUCGCAAGAACCGCGAGGACUAUGCGAGAAGACAUGGAUACCUCACCUUCUUCCCCAACAACAACGACUACCCCCUCAACAACGCACCCGCAUCAUGGUCUAAAGUCCCCGCGCUGCGACACGCCAUGACCCUCCACCCAACCUCGACGUACUUCUGGUAUCUCGACAGUACCGCUCUGAUCAUGAAUCCCUCCGUCUCCCUAGAAUCACACCUCCUCAACCCCUCCAAGCUGGAAUCGCUCAUGAUCGCCAACGAGCCUGUCGUACCCCCAGACAGCGUCAUCAAGACAUUCGCCAACCUCAAAGGCGACCGCAUAGACGUGGUGGUCACGCAGGACCGGGAAGGCCUCAGCCACUACAGUCUGAUCGUGCGGAACGGCGAGUGGGCCAAGUACUUCCUCGACGCGUGGUUCGACCCCAUCUACCGCAGCUACAACUUCCAGAAGGCCGAGACGCACGCUUUGGAGCACAUCGUGCAAUGGCACGGCACCAUCCUCGCCAAGCUCGCCAUGGUGCCCCAGAACCUCAUCAACGCCUACGCCCACGGACCCUUCAACCCCAAGAACGGCCAGUACAGCGACGGCGACCUCGUCGCCACCUUCCCGGAUUGCGACAAGGCGCAGCGCUGCGCAGACGACAUGCGUCCUUUCUUCGACGCCCUCAGCGGCAAGAAGAACUCGGAUUAGAAGCACGUCGAUACAAGGAUAUACGUAGCAGCAGAAUGAAAUCUAUACGAACGGACGGGGUCGGCGCGGUUGAAGUAAUGCAUCUUAUACCCCCUAUCUCUUGGGACCCUCGAUUGCACUCGUUGGGCGGGGAAUACCACACCUCGCUCUUCAAAACAUGAGGUCCCAAGCGAACACGAUGCAAGCAAGAACGUAGGGUAACGACAAGAGAGGAGCAGGCGUGGGGAGGCAGGGGAAGGGGAAGGGAGCAAGCAUAGCCACUCUGGCACACACUGGCGUUUAUGAACGAAACAAUCACAUGGUUCGGUUUUUGAAUACAUUUUACACAUAUAGUAGUGGUAGUAGGAGCGAGAAGCACCCAAGCGGCGCGGACAGAGCCAGGGUCGCGGUGGAGAUGUUACAAGAUGGGGAUCGAAUGAAUCGCAUCGUAUCGACAUGAAGAAUGGAU